AUGAAUAUUGACCAGUUUGUAGAGCUACAGCAUGAGAUGGAUGGAUUUCAGCAGAAACUUCGCCGCGCACUAGAUAACCACAAGGUGAACUUGAUUAAGAUCGUGGACGGAUAUAAACAAGACGUGAAUAGAUUAGAAUUGAGGCAACAAGAAUCGAAGAAGAGAUCUGAAAGUCUCAAGAAUGAAGAGAAAGCGUUGAGAGAAGAGAUUGAAACUUCUGAACGACAGAAAGACGAAAAUGCGGCGCAAAUGGAAAUUUACAGACUACGCAAACAGCAACUGGAGACUGAGAAGGAUGCUUUGACGCGGGAUUCGAAUGAAUUGCGCGAUUUACUCUCCCAGAAACAGGAAGAAGUGCGUCAGCAACGGCAACUAGUGCAAAACCAACAGCACAAAGACCUAGCAGAAGUGCAGGCCUAUAGUCGAAUAUUAGGGCUUGAGAUUGAGGCUCCUCGUCCUGAUAGUCUUCGAUUUGUAUUCAUUCGAGUCUUGGAAUCCGAUCCUACUCAAUCAUGUGAGAUCACAAUAGACUUAUCGAAAGAUGAAUACUGCGUCGAAGGUUCAAACCCAUCGCUCCACGUGGAAGUAUGCCAGAAACUCGAAACUCAGCUGAAUGCCCACAAUGAUUUGGCACAAUUUCUCAAGGCCAGUAGAGCUGCUUUGGCCACAUCCCUCAUGUCCUCGUCGUGA